CUUUCUCCUCCUACUACUUCAUUCUUCUUUCUCAUUAUCCAAAGAAGCUUAGACAAACUUUUUUGUUACUUAGACUUCACUCAAAACAAAAGAAAAGAGUUUUGUCUUUUGGGAUUAUCCUCUACUACUACUCAAAGUUUUCACUUUUUCUCCAAAAGAACUAUUAUUAUAAAUUUAUAAUUAGUCAAAACCUGUUUUUUCUCAUCUGUUACUUGAAUCCUAACCUGCUUUGCACUACCAAAUACCCACAAAAAAGGGGGAACAUUCCUUCAGAAGAAAACAGAGAGGGAACCAUACUCAAAUACUCUGUUUUCACUCCUUCAUGGGCUUCUUAAAAACCACCCCAUAAAAUAUUUUCUUUCCAUUCAAAUCAAACAGCCAUGGAAGAUUAUGUAGAAAAAGAGCAUGCCAAAGGAAGAAGGAGACAACCAGCAGCCUCCAUCAUGUUCUUGUGGGGAAUCUUGAUCUUUGCUCAGUUUAGUGUCUCUUCCUCAGCUCUUUCUCCUGAUCAGUAUUAUCACCAACCCUACACUUCACCGAGGAAGGUUGGUCCUUUCUACAAAACGGCCUCGUUUCAUCCCCCUAGAGCCUCAAUGUCAUUCACAAGUCAACAUCGAGAAGCAGAAAACAGAGAUGAUGUUUUUAAAGAAGACAAGAGAUUUGUUCACACAGGUCCAAAUCCUCUCCACAACUGAAAAACCCAUUUAGUAAUCUCUGCUUGGAAAAUCAUUGUUGGUCACUGUGACUGUGAGAUAUAGAUCAUUAUUGUUAGCCUUGUAUUCUGUUAGACUAAGAGUUAAUGAUCUUGUUUCUCUUUGUUGCAUCGAAAUCCAAUAAUUAUUGAAAACAAUUUUUUGUAUUUAUUUACUUACAUCAGUAUGUUUUAGAAAUUCCAUAUUCUAGCAAAGACAACAAUGACUUGAAGAUUCGAAUGCAUGGGUUUCUUCGAUGAUCAUGUUCUUUUGCAGAAAAGAAGGUUGUCUUUUUGUAAUAAGUGAUUAAC